AUGCUUAUGAAGAAUUGCCUGACUUUGCAGGUGGCUUGUGGGAAGCGAGCAGGAGCUGUUGCAUGCUUGCUUGAUGAAAGUGGGACGUAUGACUCUCCAGAAUACGCCAACGUCAAUUUCAAACCAGAUUUCAAGCUGUCUUCCCUAAUGGAAGUUCACUCGCUAUUGGAAGCACAUUUUGACCUGUCACCUUGA